AUGGGGCCCUUGAGCAGCCGAGUCCUGCGAAGCAGGGAACCGGGCCCAGCCAAUCCACAGCCAGAAGUCCAGGCGGGUCCCAGUCACAUAUCCGGAAAUCGAAAGCGCAAGCAGAGCGGUGGGCCCUGCUUGGGCCAAAAGUCUGAGCAGAACAGCGACAGGUCUGUAGGCCAGGGGGAAGAUCUACAGCAAUUCGGCAGCACAAGCCACGGGAAAAAACUUAAGAUCACAUCCAAGUAUACUUAUCAAACUUUAUUUUUGAAUGGGGAAAUGAGCGACAUUAAGAUCUAUGCUCUGGGGAAAGUAUGGUGUUUACACAAAAUAUUUUUAUGUCAGUCAGGCUACUUUGCUAGUAUGUUCAGAGAUUCUAGGCAAGAUUCUCACAAGGAUAUUAUUGAGCUGGAGAUUAAUGACCAGAAUAUAGAUGUAGAAUCCCUGCAUUUUGUACUAGGUUCAUUGUACAGGGAUGAAUAUGUCUUAAUUGAGCCCCUUCAAGUUCCAGGAGUUUUGGCAACAGCAUGCUUGCUUCAGGUAGAAGGAUUAAUUGAGCAGUGUAAUGAAACCAUGAAGGAAACAAUUAAUGUAAAAACUGUAUGUGGCUAUUAUACAGCAGCAGAGACCUAUGGGUUGGAUUCCAUAAAGGCAGGUUGCUUUGAAUGGCUUCUUCACAACUUGAUGACACAUCCAAGUAUUGAACUUUACAAAGAACUCAGUAUAGAUCUCAUGAAUCUGCUCAUCUCUUCUUCUAAUUUAUUAGUAAUGCAAAAGGAAAUGGAUGUGUACACCACACUUAAAGAGUGGAUGUUCCUACGCCUCAACCCAGCUUGGAAUGGCUCAAUGAAACAGCUUUUAGUUAAUGCAAACAACUGGUUUUCCAGCCAAAGGAGAUGUGUUGGUAACACUGCCUUUCUUGAAACUGAACAAGGCAUAGCCUUUCAACCAGUGUUUAAAAAUUUGAGGUUUCAGCAUAUCAUCUGUGACCUGGCCUCCACAAAAGUUAUUGAACAAGAUGCUCUAAUGCCUUCAGAAUGGUUAUCAUCUAUUUACAAACAACAAUGGCUUACCUUACUUAGGGCACAACAAUACAGGGAAAUUGGGCCUCGAGUCAUCAAUGAAACAGAACUUGAAGGAUACAGCAUGAGAUGUGGUAAAAGGAUUGUCAAGGAUGGAAAAUACUCCUGGAAGUGGUCAGGUUACAACUUUGGCUUUCCCUUACAUGUCAUCUUCACCAGCCAUUAUAUAAUUUUCAAGCAAAAUAUAUUUAGUCGGCCAUGUGAAGGUUCUGUCUGUUUACAACCUCUAAGAAAUAUCGCAUUCAGAUUAAGUUUGGUAUAUUUUGAUUCUAGUGGAAAACUAAGUUUCAGUAAAACGACUGGCUAUAAAAUCCUUACCUUUGAAAAUGAUGAGGAACAAGUGGUAAUGAAAUUGGAUAGCCUAGUUCUGAGCUUCCCUUUAUAUAUAUUCUGUAACUUCCUGUUUAUAUCAUUAGAAAAUCCAGGAAACUGA